AUGUCUUCCAAACCCGUCAUCGACUUUGCUAGCGGUUUCCCCGCCACAUCCCUUCUGCCAGCCGACCGGUUAAAAGAGGCAGCCACCUCAGUACUUUCAAACCAAAUAGUGUGGCAGCCUGGAUUGAUCUAUGGCCCCGAUGAAGGAUUUUUCCCCCUCCGUGAGAACAUUUCUAGCUGGUUGACUCGCUAUUACAAGCCUGCCAACCCGAUAUCUGCAGACCGUAUUUGCAUCACCGGCGGCGCCAGUCAAAACUUGGCCAACAUCUUGCAGGUCUUCACUGAUCCGGUCAAAACUCGGAAGAUCUGGGUGAUUGAACCUGCAUAUUUUCUGGCGUUUAGAAUCUUCGAAGAUGCUGGGUUCAACGGCAAGAUGCACGGUGUCAUCGAGGACGCGGAGGGAGUCGAUAUUGCCUUCCUGGAAAAGGCACUAGAAGCAGAGCGCGAAGAAUACAGAGCCUCUGGAUCAUUCCAAACAUCUGUGAAAUGUGAUCAGCAAAUCAAAGCCUCAUGUGACUAUCGAAAGCUCUAUUCUCAUAUUAUCUACUGCGUCCCCACAUUUUCCAAUCCCUCUGGAGCCAUCAUGUCCCGUCCUCGACGAGAAGCUCUCCUUCGUCUGGCACGAACAUAUGAUGCUUUGAUAAUUAGCGAUGAUGUAUAUGACUUCUUGAACUGGAGCUCAGAUCCAGAAAUCGAAACACAAUCUCAAUCGACUACAGCUAUCUUGCGAAUCGUGGACCUUGAUAGGACUCUGGAUGGUGGACCACGAGAUGGCUUUGGUAACGCUGUCAGCAAUGGCAGUUUCAGUAAGAUUCUGGGACCGGGCUGUCGCGUUGGGUGGGCAGAGGGAACGGAAAAGUUCAUUUAUGGCCUUUGUCAGAGUGGAUCAACUCGUUCCGGUGGAGCGCCUUCGCAACUCAUGUCGACUUUCGUUAAUGACCUUAUGAUGAGCGGCUCCUUAGAAGAUCAUAUGGCCUCAACUAUUCAAGCAUACAGACGUCGCUACUUCACCAUGUUCUCAGCAAUAGAAACUCAACUCCUACCUCUAGGAGUUUCAUUCAACCCAUCCUUGGUUUCUAGCGCUACUGCUGGCGGGAUCUUCUUUUGGCUUAAACUCCCCUCUCCGCUGACGGCAAAGCAUGUGGCUGAUUAUGCUAGGAGAGAGGAAAACAUCAUCUUCGGGAUUGGACCUUCAUUCAGCCUCCCAGAGGGAAAUGUUCGAUUUGAUGAGUUUGAGGAUAUGAUUAGAUUAUGCUUUUCCUACGCCGAAGAAGCGAGUCUCAUUUAUGGGGUUGCUCAGCUGGCAAGGAUUGUGAGGAAGCUCUUGGAAGAGCAGUAG